GAUCGAGGUGGGAAGCAAAAGAACAAGGAGUCGCGUGGUCUACUUCUGACGCCGAGCCAAAAAGAAGCAAAACAUUCCUUUUGCCCCUAAAAGACCCCAAGUUCAAUCAUAAGGGAGAACUGAAGUUUCGUCUGGUUAUAAAGGUUCCGUGCAAAAUGACAUCCAUGUCAACGGUGGCCUGCAAGCAAGCCCAGGUCCAGCCGCUCAUGAAUUUCCGAGGUGGACUCAACGCGGAGAGUUUCUACCACCGUAGGGACAAGAUCGUGUUCGUGGUGGGCGCGACUGGGACGGGCAAGUCCCGGCUGGCCAUCGACCUGGCGGACCGCUUCAGAGGCGAGGUCGUGAACUCCGACAAAAUCCAAGUUUACAAGGGCCUCGACAUCGUCACCAACAAGGUCACUGAGGAGGAGUGUCGGGGGGUGCCCCACCACUUGCUAGGUAUUGCGGAGCCGGACUCGGAGUUCACGGCGAUCGAUUUCCGGUGCCACGCGUUGCUCGCGAUUGAUUCCAUCCUUGCGCGGGGCCGGCUGCCCAUAAUAGCUGGGGGCUCGAAUUCUUUCAUCGAUGCCCUCGUGAACGGAGGCCCUGAAUUCCGAUCAAAGUAUGACUGCUGCUUCUUCUGGGUCGACGUCUUGAUGCCGGUGCUCCACUCGUUCGCGGUGAGGCGGGUUGACAGGAUGGUGGAGGCCGGGCUGGUGGACGAGGUGAGGAGCGUGUACCGUCCGGGAGCGGACAAUUCCAAGGGCAUCAGGCGUGCGAUCGGAGUGAGUGAAAUGGAAAAGUACCUCAGCUCCGAAAACACGGCCGACGACAGGACCAGAGCGAAGCUUUUGAAGGAAGCGGUCGAGAGAAUCAAAGCGAACACAUGCGCAUUGGCUUGCCGCCAAUUGGAAAAGAUAGAGAGACUUAAGAGCAAUUGGGAUGGGGAAAUGAACCGAAUUGAUGCCACAGAAGUGUUCCAAAAAGAGGACAAAGAGGCUGAUGAAGCCUGGGCCAGGCUCGUGGCAGGGCCAUGCACUGUAAUCUUGUGCAAGUUCCUUUACGGUCAAGAUCCCAUGGCUGCUAUACUCUCAACUGAUACGUCUCAUGAUCUAACGAUUGUCAAGCCAAUUUCGGUUUCGAUUCCGAUGAUACUCCUUGCCGCAGCAACCACUAGAGUAUGAUAUGGCACCACAAGCCAACAUUAAUCGACAGGACGUGUUCUCUUUCAGGGUCUCGUGGGUCAUGCGUCGAUUUAUUUUGUAAUAGCAGACAUGUUGAUGAUGUUGGGGAAAUUUGGUUGUUGAUGAAAUAGAGAGGUAGUAUCCUUGAUACUUACGUGCGUGAUGAUGAUUACUAUAUUUAAGUUAUUAUUUGGCCCCA